GGAGCCCGUGGCUUCCCGUCUCAUCAGAGAAGACUACUCGUCUGCUCCGGCAUCCCGGCGACGAGAGAGAGAGAGAGGGGAGAAGGCUGCGCGGCGGAGAUGGCGGUGGCGGACGUGGCGUUCAAGGCGCUGACGGCGGGGCUCGGGGUGGCGACGCUCUACCUCGCCGGAACCUUCUCCGUCAACGUCUACCGCGGCCUCUCGUGGCACUCGGAGCAAUCCAAGUUAGAAAAGGAGAAACGUGAAGACUGAAAAGCAUCAGAAGCUAGUCUAGAAUGUCAGACACAACAAAAGAAAACCUAAAGAUAAACACUCACCUUGUGAGAUGAGUUGUCUUUAGACUAGUUAUGUUUCCUGGGAUUGUUUUUGCAGACCUUUCAAGAUCUCCAGAAUGCUAUUUUGAUUUGAUGUAAGAUGCAAAGAUCUCAUGAUUAUUAUUCCUCUUUAUGCUUACGAAAAUAUUUCGACCAACAUAUGGGUGUCAUUGAUGCCAUUUUAUAUGCCACAGUUUCCAUUUAAGGUUGUGUAGGAAA